GAGAAUGAUGAGAAACACAGAGUUUAUUUAUGAUACAAGGUCCUUGGCGAAAGAAAUUUGAUGUUUUAGAAAAUAUACUGUUCUGUUACUGCCGCUUUUAAAUGAACGGUGGAGGGCCUGCACAGUGAAUAUAUUUUCAGUUUGUAGAGUGUGUCAAAUGAUCACGUUGUCAUUGUGGGAAAAGUCAGUCAUCUAACCUCUCAUGAUGGUUUGGUGAGGAAUUGCUUCUAAUUGCAGAAGAUGGUAAUGAAGAUAGGACAGUCCACAAUUAAUUGACUUUUGGCGUUCUUCUCUGCAUUAAUUCUGCGUCUUUAAAUGUUUGAGAGAAAAAUCAAUGUGUGAAGGUUUUCACUUUCGCUUCAGGAAUUGCCGGUAACGGACAUCUGAGUUUUAUCAUUGAAUUGCACGCUUUCUGAGGAACCGAACCUACAAACCUACCUGCUCUUUGAUUAACUUCAUUGCAAGGAGGACAUUUUUCUUCAGUUUUUGUUUUCUUGAAAGGAAAUUAGUAGCGUGAAAAAGUUUUAAGAAUAUUGGCCAUGGCUACGGAAGGAAAAGACGUAAAACAAUCUCGUGUUGUAGCAAUUGCUAUAGAUAGCAGCGAGUAUGCAGAAAAAGCUUUUGAUUGGUAUUUGGAAAAGAUCAGACGCGAUGAUGACGUCAUUGUACUCAUUCACAUUCCGGAGUCCUACGACUUUUCCUUAGCAAGUCCAGGGGUUAUACGACAGCUUUUGGACGAAUUAGAGAAAAGUGUCAAGGUUUUGGAAGACAAAUUUGCAGACAAGGUCAAAGCUGUUGGCAUUGAUGGAAAAUUUCGCACUGGUGCUGGUAAACCGGGAGAAGCAAUUAUAAAGAUAGCUAAAGAAGAGAAUGCCACUAUGAUAAUAACGGGCACAAGAGGACUGGGAAAGAUCCGCCGAACUGUGUUGGGUAGCGUCAGUGAUUACGUCAUACACCACUCCCCUAUACCAGUGCUUGUAUGCCGGAUGUGAUUUUCGGGAGUUCAUUUCUUUCGUCAGGAAAAUCGUUUGAAUUUCAUGAUUGCCAUCAAUCUAAAUGGAAAACUUUCACUAUAAAUUAUAUUCCUCUAUUUAAUAUAUAGUUUGUAACAUUCUCCAUUGAUAUAUUCUGUUGACACCAA